UUCAGGACUGGGAAUGUGAAGUCUGGAGGACCAGAGAGCAGCUGGGACAGGGUUGGGGGCUAGUCGGAGGCGCCCACCCAAGCCUGUUUCUAGCUCUGGGAACGUGGUUUAUGGAUGGGCGGAGCCUUUUAACUGGGGCGGGGCCAGCCUGCAAGCCAGACGUGGCGCUGCGGCCGAGUUUGGGUGCAGCCUGCUGAACGUCUCCUGCCAGGCACAGAUGAGCAUCCUAGUGUGGCCGCCACCGCUGCUGCUGCUUCUGGCGGCCCUUGUGGCUCCAGCCACCGCCGCCACCACCUACCGACCGGAUUGGAACCGUCUUCGAGGCCUGGCCAGGGGGCGGGUGGAGACCUGUGGAGGAUGACAGUUGAAUCGCCUAAAGGAGGUGAAGGCCUUUGUCACCCAGGACAUUCCACUAUAUCACAACCUGGUGAUGAAGCACCUCCCUGGGGCAGAUCCCGAACUCGUGCUGUUAAGUCGAAAUUACCAGGAACUAGAGCGCAUCCCACUCAGCGAAAUGACCCGCGACGAGAUCAAUAUGCUGGUACAGGAGCUCGGCUUCUACCGCAAGUCGGCGCCGGACGCGCAGGUGCCCCCCGAGCACCUGUGGGCGCCUGCUAAGCCUCCCGAGGACGCUUCAGAGCGCGCCGACCUGUAGCCCGGAGCCGCGGUGGAGCUGGGACCCCGUGCCAGCGCCCCGGAGACAGAAUGAAGCGCUCAGUAUCCCGGGAGCAUCUCCCUUGCUGAGGGCUGACACUAGUCUCCAAAGCAACGGAAAUGGGGUUGGGGGAAUUCAUCUCACUCCUCCCUUUCGCCUCCCCAGCUCUAUUAAAUGCCCUUCCGCCAUUA